UUUUGAGAGGCGUUGCCGCACAGCAAGGACUCAGGGAUUAUAUACCCUGUGCUGGUCUUCGAGCAGUUUCAUACAUUGCGCAUUUGGAAGCAGAUAGGUGCACUGCAGUUUAAGAACAACAACAAAAUAAUAAUAAUAAUAUUUCAAGUAUUUCAACAAAUAUCGACUCCGCUAUGGCUAGCUACAUCCAUGUUCCCGACGAGGCUCCCGCUGUGCCCAAAAUAGAUGUGACAGUUGACGAGAACGACUACAGACCUGGUGCACUGAAACUGAUGAAGGAGCUGAGACCAAGCUGGAGGCCGUUCGAGAUCAAAAUGAAGUUUUUCACAGAUGGAAUAACCAAUAAACUGCUUGGCUGCUACGUGGGUGCAACCAUGCAGGAUGUGGUUCUGGUCCGUAUUUAUGGCAACAAAACAGAACUGCUGAUCGAUAGGGAAAAUGAGGUGAAGGGUUUCAGAGUACUGCAUGCACACUGCUGUGCCCCACGCCUUUACUGUACCUUCAACAAUGGUCUGUGCUAUGAAUUUCUGCAAGGAACUGCACUGGAGCCUGAGCACAUUCGCAGCCAGCCUGUUUUUAGGCUCAUUGCUAGGCAGCUGGCCAGGUACCACGCCAUACACGCCCAUAAUGGCUGGUUACCCCAGUCUGACCUGUGGCUGAAGAUGGGCAAGUACUUUACUCUCAUCCCCAAAUCCUUCAAGGACCCUGAGCAGAAUGCCAGGUUGAGCAGGGAGGUUCCCAGCGCACGGAGCCUCAGAGAAGAGCUGUUGUGGCUCCAGCAGAGCUUGUCUGUGCUCGGCUCCCCCGUCGUUCUCUGCCACAACGACCUUCUCUGCAAAAACAUCAUCUAUAACCAGAAGGAAGGGAAUGUAAAGUUCAUUGACUACGAGUACACUGGGUACAAUUACCAAGCCUAUGACAUUGGGAACCAUUUCAAUGAGUUUGCUGGCCUGAAUGAAGUGGACUAUAGUCACUACCCUGGGCGGGACUUUCAGCUUCAGUGGCUGCAUUCUUAUCUCGAAGCCUAUAAGGAACACAAAGGCCAAGGUAGUGCAGUCACUGACAGAGAAGUGGAGAGCCUCUAUGUCCAAGUCAACCAGUUUGCCCUGGCUUCUCAUUUUUUCUGGGGUCUCUGGGCUCUGAUUCAGGCCAGAUUCUCCACCAUCGACUUUGACUUCUUGGGAUAUGCAGUCCUGCGGUUUAACCAGUAUUUCAAGAUGAAACCAGAAGCGGCUGCACUAAAAUUACCAGAAUAAAAGCCCGCACCUCCCUCAUCAUCAUCUCCUCUUCGUCCUCAAACCUGCUCUGCACCUCACACGAUGACCUCAGAGUGCCCACUAGAGGUCCCUGUUGAGAAGAAGCCAGACUCUGAGUCCAGUUUAGUUUCUGAAGAUCCCCUCUAAAGUCCACAUCCAUAAAGACUGAACGGGCAAUGAUAAACACUGUUAAUCAGGAUAAAGCCCAUACUGUCAACAUGGGUGUGUGAAGGACCAAUUUUAAGAUCCGCUAUAAUGUGAAGUCCACUUGGUUAAAUUUAUUUUCAUUAUCAAUUCAGUUGAUAUUUGCAUAUCAGCUUAUUGUAUUUAUAAGCAGCUCUUCAGAUGGCUCAGCUCUGUCUAAGGCAGAGAAGAAGCAUCAUGUGAGCAAAUACAUGGCAACUACCAGCAUUAUUAUUUUUUUUUUUGUCUUUCUUUAAAAGUUGUCCAGACAUUAAUCUGACUGCCUAGACACCUUCCUAAUAUCACAUUCAUGGGUAAACCCCCUCAGAACCAGCCAAGUCAUAGACCACAUUUAUGACAACGGGCAAAUAAAGCCUGCUUUAUUUGCCAAGGAGCCAAGAUAAAUGGUAGAAAAUGCUAACAUGGAAAGGCCAGUCCUGUCUUUCAGUCCCAUGUGAUAGGAGCCACGCCACACCAAAAACACUUGAGGUCUGUCUUGUGAUUCUUGUUUUCACCCCCACCCCCUACAUUUCCUGUCCAUGCAUGGGUGGUGCCUAAGAAUAGCCAUGUAGUAAAUGUUUUACUUUGUAAAGGUAGAAAAGGGGGUUUUAGGGGAGCAGCUUGUGUUUGCCUCCAAAAUCUUCCUUAAAUGAAAUGGUUGUAGAUCAUUGAAAAGCCAUUUGGUUUGACAGUAGUUCUCACUGUACUUCUAGUUUUGUUACUUUUGACACUUUUGUUAACUUAACACAAAGAUACAUUUUACUGUAAUUUUUACAUUCCGCACUUGUAGUACUAGAUUGUAAAAUUGGUGGAUUUCACGUGGUAAGUUAGCAGCGUCCAUCCUGAUAGGGAAGGAUUUGGAGUCUUCGUCAAUAUUAUGAAUCACUUUUGUCCUAAAGCUCCAAGGACUAAGCAUUUUGUGAACACGUUCUCAUUUAGAGGUGUGUGUGACGUGGCCUUGCUGGCUGUCAGAUUUUUGAAGCAGAGUUGGCAUUUAUCAUGUUAAAUGAUGGAUGUUAAAUGGUAUGGAAAAGUGGAAUUCUGGUAAAAGAAAGUCAAAAUGAUUAUCUCAGGCUGCCAGUGGAACUUGAAGAUAAUUUUUAACAGCAAUAACUAUUGAAGUUGGUAAAGAACUCUUUAAACAAACUGUUUUUAAAAGAAUCUUUUGGGAACUUUUAUGAAAACUAAGAAAGCGUAGCUCUCGGUGAUUUAACAAGCAGACACCAAAGUGCUGAUCGCCGUAAACACUUGCAAGAAAAAUGUUUAGAAGAACCUAAGCGUUUCAGAUCCUUACACUGUUUAAAUGUGACCAUGACCCAGCAACUCUUGCAACUGGUUUUUGUUUAGUCCAAAACAAAAUCACACGUUUGCAGAGCUCGGUGAAAGCAGUUAUUGACACAAAGUUGUCCACUCAUACUCAUGCAGUUAUAAAUACAUAUAGAAGUGUCAGUCUGCCUUUGUGCCUUUUUUUUUUUUUUUUUUUUUAAGUCUUAUUUUUCACUCAAAGCAAUGAACUUAAGGAUUAUUACUCUUCUGUUUUUAAUUAAGUGUUGCUUUUUUAUGCUGGAGGAUUAAGAUGGAUAGAUAAUAAAAUUCUCCUGUUGGACCUAGGGUAAAUUAGAAAUUCUUGUCUUUUAACCUGUGACUUAUAAACCCAACCAUCUACUUGGUGGUAAAGGGUUUUUAAUUUGCUGGUUUGGAUUGUGCUGAGAGAACAUUUCUAAAGGGUCUCUCGGAAAGUUG